AUGCUUAUAGGAAAUGUCGCUCUGGGAAAACCAACAUAUCAAUCGUCAAACUUCUCCAGACACACAUCUGAGCUGGCUGUUGACGGUACACUGGGACAUUCUUACUCGGAUACACCUUGUACGCACACAAGGCAGACACCAAGUCCAGCUUCCUGGAGAGUAACACUGGGCGCCGUGUACUGGAUUAACAACUUCACCAUAUACAACAGAAAAGAAAACUUGGGACGUCGACUCAGCGGCUUCAUUUUGUCUGUGGGAAACUCCUCCCAGGCUUACAAAACCUGUUAUAAAGACACCACACCCAUUACCACGACUCCCGGGCCCAUCGUAACCGGACACUGUACGGGAGGUCCGGUGUCAGGAGACACCGUCAUGAUAACAUCACGUCCAGACGAAUAUCUAACACUUUGUGAAGUUCUCAUCUUCGUGUGUUCCGCUGGAUGGUAUGGUGAAAUGUGUGGACGACAAUGUAAUACAACGACAGCAUGUUCCAAAUGUGACGUCACAAGGACACGGUGUACAGAAUGUGUUGACGGUCGAUGGGAAAAACAUUGUCAAAAGGACUGUGGCCAUUGUUGGGCCGACAAAUGUGAUAAAGAUACUGGGGAAUGUCCUCUAACUGAUGGAAAGCCAAGAUGCGAUGCUGGCUUCAUGCUUGAGAAUUGUUCGACAGCCUGUGGGGCAGGUACUUAUGGCCACGACUGUAAAGAGACCUGUGGAUCGUGUGCAAGUGGACCAAGCAGUUGUAACACUACAUCCGGCCACUGUCGGGGUAAUCCCAGAUGCAUGCCGGGAUAUUCUGGUUUGAAAUGUAAAACAGACUGUGAAGCGGGUAAAUAUGGCCACGACUGUAACGAGACCUGUGGAUCGUGUGCAAGUGGAUCAGAGAGCUGUAACACGACAUCCGGGCACUGUCAGGGUGAAUCCAGAUGUAUGCCGGGAUAUUCUGGUCUGAAAUGUAACACAGCCUGUGAGGCAGGUACUUAUGGCCACGACUGUAACAAGACCUGUGGAUCGUGUGCAAGUGGACCAAGCAGUUGUAACACUACAUCCGGCCACUGUCGGGGUAAUCCCAGAUGCAUGCCGGGAUAUUCUGGUUUGAAAUGUAAAACAGGAUGUGAUGCUGGGUUUUGGGGAGCCGGCUGUGAGGAAAAGUGUGGCGAAUGUUAUAACAACGUCACGUGUGACAGAGCAUCUGGGGGCUGUCCAAUCACAGACGAGAAUCCCCGCUGUAAGGCCGGUUUCUUGGGAUCUAACUGUCGACAAACAUGCUCCCCUGGCACAUGGGGACAAAACUGCAAACUUACUUGUAGUCAGAACUGUCUUAAUGGUCCAACCGGAUGUGAUGUCAGCAGUGGGGCAUGUAUUGGAGGCUGUACAGAUGGACAUGAAGGCAGAUUUUGUACACCCGUCAACUAUAACUACACAGGAGUGGUUAUAGGCUGUGUGGCUGUGGUGGUCGCUGUCGUAAUCGUCGUUAUUGUACUGAUGUACACGAGAAGAUGUCACGGUAAUAAGUCAGGAGGAACCUCUGAGCGUUCGGAUCCGGUCCACGUCCAGAAUCGGGAGAGUUCUAAUCAAGGGAGAGAAGCGCGGAUUUCAACUCCAGUGGACAGCAACCCGUAUGAGAGUGUUUAUGAGAAUGAAUACGACAAAAUCCGAUUUUCUUGCAAUGACCCCGAGGCCAGUUACACAGUUGUUACUUAAUUUCAUGGCUUUGGACGCGAAACGCUUCCUGGAAAGAACUGGAGAUAGUGAACCGUUAAA